CUGGCCAAGAAAAAAAACAAAGGCGGAGAAGCAGCGAAAAAGCGAGCAAGGCGGUGAAGAACAUGGUUUCUUAUGUACAGGAAGGCAGUUCGCUUAGUGAAGCUCCACCCAAUAGUCCCAGGGAACUCGACUUUAUCCAAUAGAACCUUUUUCCUAGCUUCAACGCUUAGGUUAUUGCAAAAUAUUUGAAGGAAGUAAAGCCAUGAAUUAAUCUAUCGAUUUCAGUUUUUUUCAGUUUCCGGACAGUGCCUUUAUUGCUUAAAUGCUGUAACCAGAGUUGGAAAUUUGCUACCAUUAAUAACGAGAAACUAGUAGAGUGCAUGAAGAUUUGAAAUAAGUGCUUAAAUUAUGAUAUUAAUUAAAUGCUACAAGAAACUGUUGCCUAUACAUCAUAGCUAAGGUAGACUCUGUGAAGCAUUUCGAUCCGAGAAAUAAAGGUCAAUAAAGUUAACGAAAUAAUACAUGGCGCUAUGUUCUUAGUUUCAGUAUAAUUUUUCUGCCCUUUGGAGAGCCAAAUUGAUUCUUCCUCGUUUAACUAAAAGGCGACGCUUAAGAAUAAUCUCCUCUACUGGAAAGAGCAGGAUAUACCUGCGACCAGGACAUAAUGGAAAAAUAAGGAACUGAACCAUUACAAGUUCCCGUAAGUCUCCUAGCUCCGAAAUAAAUGUCUGGAAGAUUUAUAGACAACUACAAUAUACCUGCUUGCGCUCAACCAGCUUGCCCUUGUAAAAGAAAUCUAUACCCAGAAUUUUUCCUUCAAACCUAAUCAAACACAUGUUCAACCAAAUGACGAAACAUUUCGAAAUUAAUAAACGGGACAACGAGAAUGCGUUGAUCCUUACUCUCAUAAUUAUGUUUUACGAGAGGUGUAAAGCUGUUUCUCAUCAGUGCAUCCUUGCCAUAUGUUGCAAUUCUCCUGCAACCUAACAAAAAUAUCGAUGCGUAUAAGAUCAGGCUUGCUUAAGAUGGUCAGAUGACGGACGUCAUCAAAAGUUUCUUUAUCGGUUUCAUUUAUGCAAUCGCAAUCGCAAUCGUUAGCUACUGAGCGAACAGCCACGACUGUUAACUAUUUCAUACUGCGUAUUCUAACGAGCGGACACCCGUGUAGGGGUGCAUGGACGUUGCAUUUCGAUUAUGGUCAACAUUCAAGAAGAGAAAACCUUUAUUUAAUUCUUAGUUUCUUAGGUAUAUUGUAAGCUAAGUAAGUAAACGUUCUUUAACUUGCAAUUUCAAUAAACAGAAACAUAGCUUACAAUAUAAGCCACGAGGUAGUGAUCAGAAAGACUAGUAUAAGGUUGGCUCUUCUUCUGUAGACUAUUCAAAUUUCCUAGCCAAUCAAUAAGGAAAUAAGGUUAUGGUGCCAGCCACCAUGAUGACCGAGCUAUAAUCAGCGCGUCAUUGCAUGGCCAUCGUACGAAACUGCACGGAGACUAUACGAUACAAAGAUUGAUUAUAUUUGUAGGUCUAAUUAUAUAUGGGUACAUUUUAUGAAGUUGAUUGUUUCUUAAAGCUGCAGUCAGAAAUCUUUAUAUUUCAUAAGCUAUGAAUUCAGUAGAUAGUGUCACGCCAGACAAAUUGAUACAAAUUGAUUUACGGUCAGUACAAGCCUUGCUCAUUACUAAAGUUGGGUAGGUUAUUUAUACACAACGUUCCAAGAUAUAAAUGUCCUCAGUAUCUUAUUUGAAAAGUAUUUAGUUCAGUACAAUGCAAUGAACGUUCAGGCACUCUAAAUCAGCUGCCAUGUUGGGACACGUCCGCAGAAAAUCAUGUCUUUCUCCCUUCGUUGUGAAAGCGAAAAAUCCACCAGACCCUUGUCUGUUCAUGUCCACGGCUAUAGCCUUGUCAUUUGCUGGUCUUGAAGUGCAGAGCUUUCCUGUAGCAGGAUCGAAGAACAAGUUUUCUUUGUUGGUCAUGUUCUCCAUCUUUGUUCCGCCUUGUUGAAUCGUGUACAGUGAUAAUUAUUAAGUCGACGUUUCGUCGGUUUCGAAGCUAACCUCCCUUAAAGCCUGUGAAUGCUCGUCGUGAGUUUCUGAUAACUUGGCAAACUGAACAACUCGCUCCUCCACCGACGGAAAAUUCUGGUUCACUCAGAAAGUAAACAACAAGCAUUGAACCGUCAAACCGAGUUGGUGUAACACUUCUGCUUUUCCCAUGAUUUGAAUGUUGUUACUGCUUCGGAGUUCCCGGAAAAGUCGGAACAAACUGUCAAUGUUCUUGCUCCGCCCUUUGACCAUGAUCCAAGGAUUAAUUACAAAUUCUCGCAAACUGGCGAGUUGUUUUCGUGACGUGUACGACAGGUCACGCUUCCAACCAAUUUUAAUCCGGCCAGCAAAUCACAAAUCUACACGUACUGCCUUUAAAUAUAUCAUUGUUUACCCAGUGUGAGGCGUUCUAGGAACGUCCAGCUCGCAGCUUUGAACCCAGUCGUCAGUCGUAGUCAAUCAUUCAUCAAGGGAAAACGAAAGUUUGGAAUAGAAAGCAUACUUUCCUGAUCGCUGCACAGGCGAUGAAAACCGGACGAAUAUAAGUCUUAUAAGUGUACUAUCACUGCUUUGAAACCGAAGACAAACGAGAGGUGUGCUUUCGCUAUCAACUGAUCAGUGGUACGUAAAUAUAGACUCCAUUUCACGACGCCAUUUUGUUUCGAUGUGUGCACUGAAUAUGAGAUAAUUAAGCAGAUCCACUCAGGAUGGAAGACGGAAUUAAAGUUUGGGAUUACAGAAAACUGAAAAUCCAAAAACAACUUGGACGUGGUACUUUUGGAACAGUCUAUUUAGCACAUUGUGAUGAACCGGAAGUGACCAACCCAGUUGUGAUGAAAGUGAUGCACCAAUCACUGGCCGCGGGUGAUGUUGUCAGAAAACUGUUCAUGAAGGAAGCCAAGUUAUUAACUGGACUUCAUCAUGAAAAUAUCGUCCGAAUGUAUGGGAUUUGCAGGAAUCCCCUUACUAUCGUAAUGGAAUACGUGGUUUUCGAUUUCAGUCCAUUCGGGCACUUCAGAAGAGACAUCAAAGUUAACACCCUAGAUAUGUUUCUGUCAGAGAUUGCCCAAAUAUCCAAAAUCGAGGACAAUGAAUUUGAUCAUCUGAUACCAAAGAUUGCAGUUGAUGUUUCCAAAGGACUUUUACACCUGCAUGAACAUGAAAUCGCGCACCGUGACUUGAAGCCUAUGAACAUUCUGAUUUCCAAUCAGCAUUAUUCCGCUCUUCAAGACAGGCAGCAGAUCAAAAGGAUCAAGGCGGUUAGACCAGUGGUGUGUAAGCUGGCAGAUUUUGGUGAGAGCCGUUCACAAUUACUGCAGACCACCGGACUGAACGAUCCCGGAACUAACCAGGUAUUUAGAGGAACAAUUGCUUUCAUGGCACCAGAGAUCUUGUUGCCAGAAGCAAUGGUGCCAGGGAGAAAGCUGUCACUGGAUGAUCUAAAGAAAGUCGAUAUCUGGGCACUUGGACUUGUAUUCUACUGUCUCAUAAACCCUGGCGAUUUUUGCCCUUACGAGCGGGAUGGCUAUCAACACCCGACUGACAUUAUGAACUUGCAACGACAACGAAAACGCCCCUCGUCUGAUCCAGAAUACCAGUCCAAGCAGUCGACAGUCUGGGUACGUGUACGAGACGUUUACCAUGCAUGUACGAGCCAUGAUCCAGUUGAAAGACCAAAAGCUUCUGAAGUCGCUAACGCUUUGUCGUUUCCUCGCUACCCUGGUAACCGAGGCCGCAUCGGGAUGACAAACGUGACGCCCCUCAGGGCGGGUCCUCCAUGUGACAACCACGCUGCUUUCCAGUGGUAUGCUAGUGACCAAGGGGAAGCGGAUCUUAGAUACAUAUUCAACAAGUUGAAGGCAAUCGCUGACAGUGAAGUACAAAUGAGUCGUAAAAAAGAAACUCAAAAUCUCUCCAUGAGCUUCCAGCGUCAUGGACAGCAAUGGCAAGUCAGUUUUCCUGCAGAUUUUCCAAGCUCCAAUGCAAGCGUGUUUACCAACGGUGAGGCCUAUGCAGUGGCUGCCGGUGACACUGUGAGAAGUGCUGUCCGUGCCAUAAUAUCAAAAAUAAAGCAUACACCUGCUGUAGGAAUUCAUGGCAACUCUGCAGAUCAGUGGUAUGGUGGUGAACAGGGGGAAGCGAUCCUCAAAUACGUCUUCAACGAGUUGACGAACAUCGCUGACAGUGAGGUGAAAAUGAGUCGCAAAACGGACACCCAAGAUCUCACGCUGAGUUUGGAGCGUUCUGGGCAUCAUUGGCAAGUGAAAUUUCUUUCUAAUUUUCCAAGAUCUGAUGCAAGUUUGUUUAUCAACCGAGAAUUCAACGCAAUGGUUGGCGGUGACACUGUGGAAACUGCAGUUAGAGCGAUAAUACAUCGUAUUUCAUCUCUGGAUCCGUCUUUUGCCACAAAUCGCGGCAAUCCUACAUGUCAGCAACCAGCUGUUCAGUGGUACGCAGGAGAGAACGGCGAAGCCACUCUCAAAUAUGUUUUCAACGAAUUGUCGAAAAUCGCUCAUGGUAAUGUGCAAAUGAGCCGCAGAACAGACACUCAAGAUAUUACGAUGUGCUUUUUCCGUCAAGGACAAGAGUGGCAAGCGACAUUUCCUUCCAAUUUUCCAAGUUCUGAAGCAAGUCUGUCCAUCAAUAAGCGAGUGUGUACAACGAUUGGAGGUGACAAUGUUGAACAUGCUGUCUGCGCGACAAUAAAUUACAUAACAUCAACGGAUCAACCACCACGACCAGUUUUUGUGCGCCGAAUGCAGCCAGUAUGCAGUAUAACUUAACAUCAAGGACACCCGUUUCAUGCAGCCUUGUGCUUCGUACACAUGGUGAAAGCCAGAUAUACAUUUAACUGAUGUAAAAUUACCAUGAUGGACAGUCUUUUUAGUAAAUAUAUAGUAGCUUAUAGUUCAUGGUCGAUAGAGAAGUGAGUGUUUUUAUCAGUGUAAGACCAACCAUUUUAUCGCACAGGCGUACACCAUUUUAGUAUUCUAAGAUGGAAUAGUCCGUUCUCACGAGGAAAUUGUCCGGAGAAAGUUUUGGUUAGAAUUAUGAACGUGGGAGAAUUUGUCCCGAGGAACAAAUGGACUUAUUCACCAACAUAAUUUCCUACGUCGUUUUGUUUACUUGUGCGUUAUCUGUCCAUCGGUCACAAAAUUGUGUAAAAUUUCCCUAAAUCAGCACUUAUAUCGAGUUAACUUCAUGUCAUCCAUAUGUGAUCAACAGGAGAUUAAAUAAAUAAGAGAACAUCAUAUCAUGUUUGCGAUUUCCGCCACAUGCAGGGCGAAAUCCAAAUGGAUCAAAAGAGUGCCCAAUGUUCUGGGACUGUCUCUGGGGCCGAGGCAAAUGUCCGGAGCCCGGGAUAGAAUAAAAUUGAAAGAACUUCACACCCAGGAUUAAUUAGACGUGUGCAUAUGCCGGCUAUUCCCUGGUUGGGAUGGGCACUAUAUAUAUAUAUGCACUACUGGGGUUACCUCGUUGAAACCCGGAUCGAGCAGCAAGCCGGAAAGAUAUGCAGUCAACUCCCGAUAAUUGGAACCUUCAAAGCCUUCAGGGGAAAUUGGAGAAGGUUCGAGUUAUCGGGAGUUAAGGAGAAAUGACCGGAAAUAUGGAAAAAAAAAGGUGCUUAGGUAUUUCUUCCAAUUUGAUUUUAGAGAAGUCGAGGGAAAAUUGAACUAUACAAUUCUAAAUUACUGUAUAAAUUGAAGAGGGUUCGAGUUAUCGGGUGUUAAGAAGAAAUGACCGGAAAUAUGGAAAAAAAAAGGCUGCUUAGGUAUUUCUUCCAAUUUGAUUUUAGAGAAGUCGAGUGAAAAUUGAACUAAACAAUUCUAAAUUAUUGUAUAAGUCAGGACGUAUAAACGAAACGAAGGAAAGCAAAGCCAUGCAAACAGCAAGAGAAGUCCAGGUACUGCGAACUUUGCAGUUUUCAAAGAUAGCAACGUCGGGCUGCUACUACAGAAUUAAUGCGGUUUACUUUUUCGAAAAAUAGUUUCAAUGUUUUGGACUACAGAACUGAUUGUUUUGAGUUUUCACGUAUUGACAAACAUGGUUCGAGUCACUGAAGGCAAAACUAUACAGAAAAUGACCUGAAGGCAAACGAAAAUUGCUUCGAGUUAACUGGAACCG